UGCUAAUUACAAUGGAGAUUUAGGGACGGAUUGUUGAUUUAUCAGUCCUCGUUACUUGUAUAUCAGACGUGUAUAGGGAUAUUAGUUCGUGCUUGUAUGGUCUUAUGCAUGUAUGACAUAUCGAAUAGGUGUAUACAAACUCUUCUUUUUAGCCCCUCCACCACUAGCUUCUCUUAUUAUACCAAACACUAUAAAUAGGGGCUAAACCCGCAGCGAGUUGGUCAAGGGAGGCAACUAACGUUAUUCCCUCCACACGUGUUAAAAGAUGAGGCCCCUAACAGAGGAGGAAACUACAUUGUUUUUUGAGAAGCUGUCUAAAUAUAUUGGUGAUAACAUCAGACUCUUGAUUGAUCGACAAGAUGGAGCAUACUGUUUUCGCCUUCAUAAAGAAAGAAUUUACUAUGUCAAUGAGGAACUAAUGAGAAAAGCUUGUACCGUGGCAAAAGAAAAUCUGCUCUCGUUUGGAACAUGCUUUGGCAAGUUCACAAAAUCCCGGAAGUUCAGACUUCAUGUCACAGCUUUGGAUUACCUAGCCCCAUAUGCAAAGUACAAGGUUUGGCUAAAGCCAUCUGCUGAACAGCAAUUUCUGUAUGGGUGUCAUGUGAUGAAAAGCGGACUCGGACGGAUUACUGAGGGAACAGCAAAAUACCAGGGAGUUGUAGUCUACAGCAUGAGUGAUGUGCCAUUGGGUUUUGGUGUUGCUGCCAAGUCAACUCAAGAAUGCAGACAUGCAGACCCAACGACAAUAGUCACAUUUCAUCAAGCAGACGUUGGAGAAUAUAUUCGCAAUGAAGAGUCACUGAUAUAAUUUGCUAUGAUGUGUGAGUGAGAGAAUGUGUUUAGUAGUAAGUCUGUGUGGGUGAGAGUUUGGCAGCAUAAGAAUGGAUGGUGAGGAAAAAAAAACCCAACAAAACCAUUCAA